AUGCUGCAGCGGCGUCUCUUUCACACUAUUCUCCGACACUUUUGCCCGGACACUCCCGUGGUCACCACCGGCCGGCUGGCCGGGGCCCCCCCCAGGGCCGCCCUACGGACGCACGGCCGCCUGGCACCGGGGCAAAGCGAACGAAGGGGCUCCACCUUUUUUGAAAAAAAGAAGAAGAAACUUGCCGCGCUUAAAGAUUUCAGGGAGCGGACUCUGGUGGCUGUGAAGCCGGAUGGAGUUCAGCGCCGUCUUGUUGGACAGAUAAUUCAGCGAUUCGAGCAGCGAGGCUUCAAGUUGGUUGGCCUGAAGAUGUUGGAGGCAUCUGAAGAGCUCCUUUCUGAGCACUAUUGCGAACUGAGAAUGAAGCCUUUUUAUCACGGCCUGCUGCGUUACAUGACCUCGGGGCCUGUGGUCGUCAUGGUUUGGGAGGGACACAAUGUUGUCCAGACAUCCCGAACAAUGGUGGGACACACAAAUCCAGCAGAGGCCCCGGCAGGCACCGUCAGAGGAGAUUUCAGCAUUCAUGUCAGCAGGAAUGUGGUCCACGCCAGCGAUUCAGUGGAGGGGGCUCAAAGAGAGAUCCAGCUCUGGUUCCAGGAGAAGGAUAUCCUGAACUGGGACUGCUGUGAUCAGACCAGCACCGGUGAUGUGUGA